AUGAUCAAUGUUUCUACAACAACCGACAGUAACACAGGCUGUUACACGGUUUGCUUUUCUACGACAACGGCUAUAGUUCCUACUGCUUCUACGACAACGGCUAUAGUUCCUACUGCUUCUACGACAACGGCUAUAGUUCCUACUGCUUCUACAACAAUGGCUAUAGUUCCUACUGCUUCUACAACAACGGCUAGAGUUCCUACUGCUUCUACAACAACGGCUAUAGUUCCCACUGCUACUACUACAUUUACUGAUAGUUGUAACGAUUCCAUCGAAAUAUUACAAGGCGACACGUGCAUUUCGAAAAACAUUCUGCAGAUGUCUGCUGUGAAUGCUUUACGUAACGCAACCGCGAAUACAAACGCAACAGCUGAUGCGCUCUCCUUGUAUUUCAAUUCCAUUGCGAGCCCUAGUGCAUUGUCAGAUUCUCAAUAUGUUUUGUCUCCUGAUGAUAUUGACAGCUAUGUUGAUAGACUGAAAAAUGUAACUUUGAUGCGAAAUACUAAGGCAUCAUUUAUUCUAGCUCAGGAUAUCAGUCAAUUUGCUAAUAUACAGAGAGUUGGUGCUACAUUUACCCGUGGCAUUGGUGGGGCAGGUGUUGGCAUUCCAAAUGGGAUUGAUACUUUCAGUUCCAUUGCAACAGCUGCAGCUUUGCUUGAAUCAAAAUCAUUAUCAGAUGUGAAAUCGUUUAGUAUGUUGAUAAUUGAUAGCCCUAAUACAUACAGAAAUAUUGAUAAUUCUACCAAGCGAAAUCUGGUAUCAUCAGUUAUUGUUGCGGCAGUGCAAAGAGAUAUUGCUUCAUCAAACGCAGUUAAUAUUUCUCUAUACUUUCAAGUCCUACCGGAAUAUAAACCCUCAGGUUUUCCUGAGUACUUUUGCUCAUUUUACGACACAACCUAUCAAAAAUGGAACGACUUUGGUUGCACACAUCCUACGCAUAAUGAGUCUCUGGAUAGAUAUGAAUGUAAUUGUAAUCAUACAACUACAUUUGCCCUUGUUUGGUCGCCCAAAUUAUGCCAGUGCAAUACUUCUGAAGUACUAUUACCCAACUGUACAUGUAUUACAAAACCAGAGGGCCAAGAAUGGGCAGUAGAAGUAUUGAAAAAUACAACAAAUUCAACUGUUAUUGCCGAUGCUCUUUCAGUGUAUAUAAGUGCAGUUGCGAAGACAAAUGAAACAGUUAAUCAGAAUAAUUUAUUAACAGUGGAUCAAAUUGAUUAUUAUGUUAACAACAUGACCAAUGUUAACGUAUCAAAAAACAAUAUUGAUUCGAUCCUUUUGGCAAAGCAACCUGAUCAAGGAAAUAAUGAAAUGAUUUUGGGUGCUUCAUUCUUAACUGGUAGUGGUGGCGAGAUUAUUAGUACAUUAAAUGUUAGCAACGUGACCCAUUCAUAUUUAUCAGCAGCAGCUAUAGUUAGUGAUAAAUCCUUAAUCGGUGCUACUUCUUUGAAUAUACUUAUUAUCGAUAAGCCUACCACAUAUGAAAACGUAUCUACCUCUACGGAGCAAAGAGUUGCAUCAUCAGUGAUUGUGGUAGGAAUACAGAGAGGUGAUCCUACGGCAGUCCGUUUCGCUGUCUCUCUGUAUUUUCAAGUUUUACCGGAUUUUGAGCCUAAGGUUCCCGCAGAUUAUUUUUGUUCCUUUUAUGAUACAAGCAAUCACAUAUGGAAUGAUUCUGGGUGUACAAAACCUAUAUUCAAAAAUUCGCUGAAUCGCUAUGAGUGCAGUUGCAAUCAUACCACUACAUUUGCUCUUAUUUGGUUGCCUAAGGUACCUCUCACACGUUAUCUGAAUUCACAAGAUAUUGCAUCUUUGGUGUUUCAAUCAAUUUCAAUUUGCUGCUUCAUUGCUGUUAUCAUUCACGCGAUUGUGAUACGAUUUCGAGAUCCAAUAAUGAGUUUGCAAACAAAUGAUUUGCCACCGUUAAUGUCAUGUGCAGUAACAAUGAUUCUUUUUAUUUUCUUCAUUGCUCUUGCAAUGACAACUUAUACAAAAACAUCUUCAGAAGAUCAAACAAGCUGUUUCUUAAGUUCCAGUGUUUUAAUGUUUUUCGUUUAUUUCUUUAUAAUUUUCAUGUUUUGCAUCAAGACGAGUGUGGCAUAUUUUAAUUAUUUACGUUUCGUUUGUUUAUUUCCUCAACCAUCCUAUCGACGAUUGUUUGUCAUGAUUUUGAUUUCAUUUUUUAUAUCUAUCAUAUGGGUCAGUGUCGCAGCUGGACUCAAUUCCAAUCCAUCAUACAACAUUACUCAAUUGUAUCCGUAUAAAUUUUGUUGGUUUACUCGUGGUGUUAUUUACUACUUUCUAACCAUACCUGCCGGUGUGUUUCUUUUAAUCAACACCAUCGUAUUUAUUCGUGUAGCUCUUUGUAUAAUAAAUCAUGCUCGGCAGGCAACAUCACCUCAUCAAUUAUAUAAACGAAUGAAACAAUGUGUAAUUAUUUUACUUUUGUCAUCUGCAACACAAGGCAUCGGCUGGCUUUUUGGCCCAUUUCUGACGUUUAUUAAUUCAGAAGCUGGCAAUAUUUUAGGGUGGUUUUUUGUUAUUUUCAAUGGAUUGGAAGGUCUCUGGGUGAUUUUGUUGUAUAUAGUAAUUCGAUCGUUACGCAUGGAUAAACAAAGGUAUCGGAAAUUUGCUGAACAAAUUACGACAUCAACAGAACAAGUAUCUCAUAAAUAUGGAAAGUAUUUUGAGGGAGACAAGGAGUAUGAAGAUAUAGUAACAUGA